CCGAUUGGAGCGUCAAUGAAGCCCUCGCGCGGUCUCGACACCUCUUAUAAACACCCAGAGCGCAGUAAGCGAGGAUACAGCCUGACUGCAGGGACUGGAGCGACAAGUGGCUGCGGGAAAACAACACCAAUGUGUCGGAGCGGGCAGAGGAUGCUGCCGCCUUGCUUACUUGUGGCGGGCUUGCUGCUUGGAUUCGGCCGGGCCGCCUUGUCUUGGACCGGGGAGAACCCGCUGCUGCAGCCCGGGAAUGCGACUCCCAACCUCGGUGAGGCGCCAGAAAGGAGGCUUACUGUUUUGUUUUGUUUUUUCUACUCCUUCCACACUCCUCGCCCAGGCGAGGACGAUGACGGCGGCGAGACAGCCUCCGCCGGCCCGGCCCUUAAACCGGAGGAUCCCGGAUUAACCUGCUACGAGGAUAGAAUGACACUCAAGUUACCCGGCACUGGCGUGAAGGCGCUCCGUGUGCGAGUGAAGAAUCGCCUCCUUCCAGUGGCGAGCCUGGCCGGGUUUUGCAAGUACAGCGUGACGUUUAGUGGGGGCUACAGCUUGUUCACUACGUCAUUCAAGGGCUGCAACGUGAAGAUACAGGAAAUCAACGGGAUCUCCUCCUUCGUGCUCACUGUGUUCUUCCCAAGGGCUGGGGGUGCAGGGCUGGUGAUGAGGUGUCCACAGAGCACCCCCAAACCUCUCCCCAAUGCAGCCUGUGGGGUCACCACUGUGACCUUUGAACUGCCAGAGGGACCCCUAGAGGAGGUCACAAUCUCGGACCGGUCUGGUUUGGAGAUGCUGAUCAAAGACGCCCCAGAUGAAUGUGCUUUCUACCUGAUGAAGGGAGACGGGAGGAAUGUGCUCACAAUCUCUUACUAUGCCAAGGAUGAAGGCUGUCCUCUCCAAACACAGAACAAUACCCUGGUCUUCCAUGUGACGUACAAGGACGCGGAGGGACGGCCAGGCUCUAUAGAGCAGAGGUGUCUCCCAUUCGAACCCCCUGCUGUCUGUGGCCCCUCCAGCAUGAGUACAGAUCUGCCAGAGGGGCCACUAGACCAGGUCUUCAUCCUGGAUGGGAAGAACAGCCUGGUUGCUGUGAAGGCCAAUGGCAGCUGUGGCUAUGGGCUGGUCCAGGGGAUUGGGAAGAACUACUUUAUGGCUCCUUACGAUGCUUGUGAUGUGCUGAAACAGAACAUUGAAGGCCAUGUCCACUACUCGCUGUCCGUUUCCUUCUCUGAUGUAAACGAGGUGACUCGCUUGAGGCAUAUGAAGUGCCGUGUCUUGGCUAAGCGUGAGAUCCUCCCUCCUCCCUCUCUCCCUCCCCUCCCUGCUGGUGUCUCGGUCUCCUGCAGUGAGGGGUGCAUGACGGUGCUGCUGCCUGCCGGUCCCCUCGAUCUGGUCAAAGUCAAGGAUGACUCCAAUAAUUUGGUUGGGGUGCAGUCUGCACCAAGUGCGUGUGGCUACACUCUAGAGGAGAAGGCUGGAAAGACCGUCUUGACAGUGUCUUACACAGCCUGCCAUGUGAAGACCUUGAAUAACUUGUAUGUCCUGACGGUGCUCUUCACCCCCUACUCCUCUGACCAGAGGGAGGUGACGGUAUCAUCCUGCCCUGUACCCCCAAAUCCCAUCCCCCAAGAAGGUGGGUUAAUGAACUCCCUCCUCCCAUUGCACAGCAAUUUCACCUAUUCCAGCUUUUGAUCAGAGCUUGCUUAU